AUUACUUCUGAUUUUUCUUGAUUUCUUUUUAGAAAUUACAUUUUCAUGUAAGGUUUUUACUCACAGAUGGAAGUUGUUUUUACAUUAACUAUACAGGUAUACAGUACACAAUCUAGGCUGAUUUUAUUACCAACUAUAGAGUCUCUCUGUCUAACCCCUCUGGCUGGCAUUUCAUUAAUUUCUCUACCAAAAACAAAUCCUUGAUUUGAUUCAAAAUUUUCACCAUUUCCUUUAAUUAUUGUCUGUCUCUUCUUCAACCUUCAUUACAUUUGACUUAACAGGACUUCUUUUGCAGUAAAAUCUCAAAGAGUCUCAAUCAAAAAGCCUGCAAACAAAGUGUUACUCUCACAUGAUAUAUAAAAGAAAAAAAGAAAAAUGCUCUCCUCUUUUUUGUUUGGUUUUGGUUUUUCUUCUUUAGAAACAAAUGGCUGGUUUUUUCAUUGAAUCAUCAGAUCUAAAGCUUCAACCUUGGUGAGUUUUUUUAAAGCUUUAUGAUUACAAAAAUGAAGUGGGUUUUUUCUCAAAGGCAUGUCCUUUCUCCAUCUCAACAACCAUUUCUUCUUCUUUCUGAAUCAACUACUACAUCUUCAAGCCCACCUCCGCCAGUUCUUGUUACUAAUAAUAGUUUUGAUGUAGGAAACAAAAUUAGUCCUAGUAUUUUACUUAUAAUCAUCAUUCUUGCAGUUAUCUUUUUUAUAUCUGGUUUACUUCAUCUUCUAGUUAGAUUUCUUUUCAGACCCACCAUUAGAGACCCUGAAGAUUCAGACAAUGUAACAGCUUUACAAGGACAGCUACAGCAACUGUUUCAUCUACAUGAUGCUGGUGUGGAUCAAUCUUAUAUAGAUACACUUCCUGUUUUCUUUUAUAAUGCUAUAAUGGGUAUCAAGAAGUAUCCAUUUGAUUGUGCUGUUUGUUUAUGUGAAUUCGAAGAUGAUGAUAAACUUAGAUUACUACCAAAAUGUAGUCAUGCUUUUCAUCUUGAAUGCAUUGAUACAUGGCUUUUGUCUCACUCUACUUGUCCACUAUGUAGAGGCAGUUUACUUCCUGAUUUCUCUCUGAGCGAUAAUUGUUCUCCACUUGUUUAUGUUCUUGAAUCUGGUAGUGAGAGUUCCAGAGAAAUAUCAACAGAUCAUAGAGAUGCAACUGCUAUUACUACUUCUGUUGAAGGAAGAACAAGUUCCAACUUGGGUAUUCAUAGAGAAAACGAAUCAGGGGCUUCUUGUAAUAAUAUUUCCAAGAAAUUCAGUGAGAUACUCGUGAAAGACGAUGUGGUUCCCGUCGUUGGGUCGGUUCGGCUGGAUGAAAAAGUUGUUUCUGUUAAGCUUGGGAAGUUUAGGAAUGUGGAUGUUGUUGUAGGAGGAGGAGGAGAAGGUAGCACGAGUACUACUAAUAACAGUAAGAUUGAUUCUAGGAGGUGUUUCUCGAUGGGGUCUUUCGAGUAUGUGAUGGAUGAAACUUCAGCUCUGCAGGUUUCUAUUAGACCUCUUGCAAGAAAAGACACCAGUAAGAAGCAAAUGAAGCCAGGUUAUAGGUCUACCAUGUCAGAAUGUGAUGGUAAUUCAUGUAGAGAAGGAUUUAAAGGAUUUGAACCAUUGAAGAACACUGAAAUUCAUGGUGUCAACAAUAAAAAGAUGUGCAAGGAAAAUUCAGUGCAAAGGAGCAAGAACGAAAGCUUUUCGAUCUCAAAAAUAUGGCUUAGAACAAAGAAAGAAAAGCCAUCAUCGGUCGGCGAUUCUUCGAGAAGGGCCUCUUCGUUUAGGUUUGCGUUGGGUCGUCCAAAUGUUGCUGAUGAGUUAAAGAUGAAGCAACAUAAUAAUAAUAAUAACAACAAUACUAGCAGCAGGACUAGUUCAGAGAUCGACAUGGGAAGAUGGGAUCACUGUGUCAGUGAAUUAGAUGAUGAAGAAGUAGGAAGCCGGAAUAGUUUGGAUUCGCAGUCGAAUUUGCCAUCUUUUGCUAGGAGGACAUUGCUUUGGCUUGGCGGUGGUGGAAGACAAAAUAAGGUGGUUCACUCAUCUCCUAACGUCUGAACAUUUGGUGUUUGUGCUUAGAAUCAGUUAGUCAUUAGAUUCCUGUGUUUUGAAAAGGAUUCAAUACAGUAGUCGAAGAAUUUGCAAGCAAAGAGAGGGAGAGAUUGACAACUCAAUAUAGUACAAAUUAAGCUUCCAUGUUUCAAAUUAUUUCCGGGGUUUCAAUCUCUCUCUCCCUGUUCCUGUAAAAUUGCAGUUCUAUUCUCUUUUAUAAUUAUCUUGAGAUUGUUAUUUACACUUCA